CUUCAAUUCUCUAUCGACCUGAUCAAGCUUUUUCACACCUUGGGCCUCUAUCAAGCGAGGCAACGACCAGGACGGCACCCGCCAUGGCCCGCUUCAACUUCAACUCCCUCCCGGGGUGGCUUCAAUCGGCCCCUCCGGCAGCCAUCAGGAUCAUCCUCGUCCUGAUCCUGAUCAACGCCGCGGUCUGGAUCGCCGCGGGGAUAAUUCUCCACUUCCACCCGGCGCUGAUCGCCCCGGCGGCGCUCUCGUACGCGCUGGGGCUGCGCCACGCCCUCGACGCGGACCACAUCUCGGCCAUCGACCUCAUGACGCGGCGGCUGAUCGCGUCGGGCCAGCGGCCCGUCACGGUCGGCACCUUCUUCUCGCUCGGGCACUCCACCAUCGUCGUGGUCACGUGCAUCGUGGUGGCCGCCACCAGCGGCGCGCUGCGCGACCGCUUCGACGACUUCACGCGCGUCGGCAACAUCGUCGGCACCAGCGUCAGCGCCGCGUUCCUGCUGCUGCUGAGCGCCGGCAACGGCUGGGUGCUCUACCGCCUCGUCUGUCGCCUGCGCGAGGUCCUGGCCGAGCGGCGCCGGCGGGGCGCCGUCCUGGGCCGCGAGGACGGCGCCGGCGCGGAUGUGGAUGACGCCGGGGCCGCGGCGGGGUUGGGCUUGGAUGGGGUGGGGUUCUUGUCGAGGGUCUUCCGGAGGCUGUUUGACGUGAUUGACCGGCCGUGGAAGAUGUUUCCGCUCGGCGUCAUGUUUGGCCUUGGCUUCGACACGAGCUCUGAAAUUGCCAUUCUCGGCAUCACGAGCUUGCAGGGUGCUGCUGGCACCAGUCUGUGGCUGAUUCUUAUUUUUCCCGUGCUCUUUACAGCUGGCAUGUGUCUGGUCGACACCUCGGACGGCGCCCUGAUGAUGGGCCUCUACUCCUCCAAAGCGUUUUCCCGGGAUCAGGUCGCGAUCCUGUACUACUCGAUCGUGCUGACGGGCAUCACCGUCUUUAUAUCCGCCUUCAUCGGCAUGAUUCAGCUCUUUUCUCUCAUCCAGAACGUGGCCGAUCCCCAGGGCGGCUUCUGGGACGGCGUGGGAGCCAUCAGCGACAACUUUGACAUCAUUGGAGCGAGCAUAUGCGGGCUCUUCCUCGUCAUCGGAAUCGGCUCGGUCGUCGUGUACAGGCCAUGGCGGAGACGAAUGGAGAGGCGGAUGGAGCCACCGCUUGUGGCGAACGGUGGCGAGGAAGGUUAUGCAAGUCCUGUCCGCUCGGAGCAGAAUGAAAGCGUAUGAUCAAGACUAGUGGGCUGUAGAUGACUAGAGACGGUAGUCUGCUGCAAUCUUGUAAGCCAGGCCAACUUGAUAAACUGCAUAAUCUCCCAGAGCAAAGCAUUUUUAUCUUGAG